CGCAGGCGCUGAGGUGGCGCACGCGCGCCGGCCGGGGCCUGCGCGCGUGCGCAGUGGGUGCUGCUGUGGUUGUGGGGAGGGAGGGGGUGGGCCGGCCCCGCGGGAUGCUGGCGCUGAGGCGGCUGCACGAAGCGGUCGUGGGGCUGCUGCUGUGGCGCGGGACGGCGGAGGCGGCAGCGCCUCGUCCCGCCGCCUCGGAGGUGCUGAGCCAGCACCUGCGGCAGCGCGGCCUGCCCCACUGGACGUCGUACUGCGUCAAGUACAGCGCCGUCCGCAACGACCAGUUCGGCCUCUCCAACUUCAACUGGCGGGUGAACGGCGCCAACUACCACAUCCUGCGCACCGGCUGCUUCCCCUUCAUCAAGUACCACUGCUCCCGCGCCGCCCCGCAGGACCUGGCCAUGCACAACGCCGCCUUCACCGCCCUUAAGGUCCUCAAUGCCGGCAUCCCAACUUUACUAUAUGGAAUUGGCUCCUGGUUCUUUGUCAGUGUCACAGAGACUGUUCAUACGAGUCAUGGCCCAGUUACUAUUUAUUUUCUAAAUAAAGAAGAUGAAGGCGCAAUGUACUGAAAUCACACCCUCAAGUACCUGUCCUCUGUGCAUUUCUUGACUUAACAUCCUGCCUUCAGGAAGCUUCAUGGACUUCUUGAUCAUAAGAGAUUUAUUUUUGCAGAGGUUAGUAAAGUUGAAAAAGUAAAAGCCUUGGUAAAAGAAUUAAUAUUUCUAAGGGUGUUAGAAUUUAUGGAAGUCAGUGACUAUUGCUGCUGAACAAACUUGUGCUAAUUUAAAGCAAUACAUCUACCAACUUAUAGAACUGAAUUGUAGCGUGUGGACAAGGAAACUGUGAAUACACUAGACCUUUUCAGAAUGUCUCUGAAAAGAUGAACCUGCUCAGGUUUAGACUCUGACUGGAUGUUUCAUAAUGCAUUAAUUGUCAUAGCUGCAAGUGUGAGUGAAUCCAUGGCACUGACUAGUCACAGUUGCCAGGAAGACUCUGGAAAAAUACCACCCUAAGAAGUUACGAAUGGCUGUAUCAUAUUUCUUCAAAUGAUAUUUAAAUAAAAUAUCUAAAUAUGGUUUA